AUGGAUGCAAACCUCGAGUGGCGCCGCCUGAUUCAAGAUGCGAAUAAGCAAUGCGGGACUGCUCUCAACAACCAAUCAGUUUCUCUCAAACACCAUCCCAAAUCAAACCUCGUAUCCACAAUGAAGUCUUUCUUCGUCGCCAUCUGCGCUGCUGCCACCUUGGCCGCUGCCAACUGCGGGUCCAUGCGCUUCCAGAAGCCGAACGUUCAGUACGACGCCGCGUACUUCACCUCCUUGGAGAAGUCCGUCCCCGCCCUCGACUUGUGCUUGAGGAUGUGUGCGGACAAGAUCCCUACGUGCCCCGAGCACUGGUACAGCAACAACUUGGGCACUGCCGACAAGCCGUGCUGGACCUGCUGCCAGGCUCCCAAGUACAACUAA